AUGUCUCAAGAAGAAGCUACUCAGAAGGCAACAGAAGGUGUCGCAAAUUUGCACCUUGAUGAGGUUACUGGUGAAAGAGUUUCCAAAUCGGAAUUGAAAAAGCGAAUUAAGCAAAGACAAGUUGAGGCUAAGAAAGCAGCAAAGAAGGCGUCAGGCCAAGCUCCCGUUGAGCCAAAGAAGAAGAAAAAUGAUCUUUUGGCGGACUUAUCACCAGCACAGUACUUUGAAGCUAGAAGUCGUCAAAUUUUGGAAUUGAGGAAAACUCAUGAGCCAAAUCCUUACCCACACAAAUUCCAAGUAAAUAUCUCGAACCCAGAGUUUCUAUCGAAGUAUGCUUAUCUGCAAAGAGGUGAGACUUUACCAGAGGAGAAAGUGGCCAUUGCCGGCAGAGUCCAUGCAAAGAGAGAAUCAGGAUCCAAAUUAAAAUUUUAUGUUUUACAUGGUGAUGGUGUCGAAGUGCAAUUGAUGUCUCAGUUACAGGAUUAUCAAGAUCCCUUAGCCUACGAAAUCGACCACGAUUUGUUGAAAAGAGGUGACAUUGUCGGUGUGGAGGGUUACGUUGGUAGAACUCAGCCAAAAAAAGGUGGUGAAGGUGAAAUUUCUGUCUUUGUGAGUCGUAUCCAGCUAUUGACUCCAUGCUUGCACAUGUUACCUGCUGAUCACUUUGGUUUCAAAGAUCAAGAGACAAGAUACAGAAAACGUUACUUGGAUUUGAUUAUGAACAAGGAAUCGAGAGGUCGUUUUAUCACUCGUUCCAAAAUUAUCACUUACAUCAGAAAAUUUUUGGACUCAAGACAGUUUAUUGAAGUGGAAACUCCAAUGAUGAAUGUUAUUGCUGGAGGUGCAACAGCAAAACCUUUUGUUACUCACCACAAUGAUUUGAACAUGGAUAUGUACAUGAGAAUUGCUCCUGAAUUAUUUUUAAAGGAAUUAGUUGUUGGUGGUCUAGAUCGUGUUUAUGAAAUCGGUAGACAAUUCAGAAAUGAAGGUAUCGAUAUGACUCACAAUCCUGAAUUUACAACUUGUGAAUUUUAUCAAGCUUAUGCUGACGUCUAUGAUUUAAUGGAUAUGACGGAAUUAUUGUUUUCUGAGAUGGUUAAAGAGAUUACAGGUUCUUACGUGAUAAGAUACCAUCCAGACCCAACAAAUCCGGAAAAAGAACUCGAAUUGAAUUUUGCUAGACCAUGGAAAAGAAUGAACAUGAUUGAAGAGUUGGAAAAGAAGUUUAAUGUAAGUUUCCCACCAGGAGAUCAAUUACACACAGCUGAAACUGGUAAAUUCUUGAAACAAAUUUUGAUUGAUAACAAGCUGGAUUGUUCUCCACCAUUAACAAACGCACGUAUGCUUGACAAACUUGUCGGUGAUUUAGAAGAUAUGUGUAUUAACCCAACUUUUAUCUUUGGUCAUCCUCAGAUGAUGUCUCCGCUAGCCAAAUAUUCAAGAGAUAUUCCAGGUUUAUGUGAAAGAUUUGAAGUCUUUGUUGCAACAAAGGAAAUUUGUAAUGCUUAUACUGAAUUGAAUGAUCCAUUUGAUCAAAGAGAUAGAUUUGAAGAACAAGCUAGACAAAAAGAUCAAGGUGACGAUGAAGCUCAAUUAAUAGACGAGACUUUCUGUAAUGCUUUAGAAUAUGGGUUACCCCCAACUGGUGGUUGGGGUUGUGGUAUUGAUAGAUUGGCAAUGUUCUUGACUGAUUCUAAUACCAUCAGAGAGGUUUUGCUGUUCCCAACAUUGAAACCAGAUGUUAUGAGAGAAGAAGGUAAGAAGGAGGCUAACUAG